AUGGGUUUAUCAUUAGAUGCUGAAGGAAAUAAUUGUGUAGAUGACUGGGGAAAUGAUCGAAUCUUAAGUUUUUAUCUAAUUUCGGAACAGAAAGAAACAGUUGAACGAUACAAAAAAAAUUCAGCAUCAUACAAUCGACCGAAACUUACAUUAUGUGAAACAUGGGAUUCAAAUGCAAUAACAUUUGCUAAUAGAACCUUUAUUGGUGAACAGCCAACUGGUAUUUUCAUCAAUACGAACAAUACCAUUUUUAUACUUGAUCGCAAGAAUAGUCGUAUCGUAGUAUGGCAGCCUGGAUCGAUGAUGCCGGCCAUAAAUAUAUCGAGCAAAAGCCUAACUAAUUCAUGGACUCUUUUUGUCAACAAAGAAGGCGAUAUUCAUGCUGGUAAUAGUGAAUUUAUCAUUCGAAAAACGUUCUGGUAUCCGAUUAAACCAUACACGGAACGUGCCAUGAAAAUCAGCGGCCCCUGCACGGGACUCUUCAUUGAUAAAAACAAUUAUUUGUAUUGUUCCCUGAUGAAUAGCCAUCGUGUUGACAAGAUCAAUCUCAAUGAUGAGACUAUAAUGCAAUCAAUCGUGGCAGCUGGUACGGGCUGUCCUGGACCUCUAUUAAAUAUGCUUGACCAUCCGCACGGGAUCUUUGUCGACAUGAACAUUGACUUAUACGUAGCAGAUACAUAUAAUAACCGUGUUCAGCGCUUCACAGCCGAUCAAUUCCACGGAAUAACGGUGGCCGGCUUUGGAGCACAAGUGCAUUUUAUUCUUAACAGGCCAACCAAUAUUGUGCUUGACGCCGAUGGCUAUCUAUUCAUCGUAGAAAGUCAAAGCCACCGAAUCGUUCGAUCGAUUCCCAACGGAUUUAGAUGUCUGGUUGGGUGUUCAAGUAAAAGCGGAACCUCAUCAAGUCAAUUACAUAACCCACAAGUGAUGGCUUUUGAUAAAAUCGGCAAUAUUUAUGUUACGGAUACGAAUAACCGUAGGAUUCAAAAAUUUAAUGUACGUGUUUGGUCAAACGGUACGUAUGCUUGCUAUUAUUAUGUAAGUGAGGGUAUAUCGUUGUCACGAAACUCGCAUAUUCAGGAUCGAAUACCAUAA